CAGAUGAACCGAUGACGCUGUUUUGUACUUGUAUGAAUUGCGGAAAGUCGUGGAAGCAGUAGUCACGUCUUUUAUGUGGUUUUCAUUAUGGGGUGUUCGUGCAGGGGGUGCUUCCGUUUUUCGGUGUGUUUUAAUAUCAAUAUCUAGAUUCGAGGUUGGUAACUGGAGUUAGGAGGGAAAAGGUUAUUGCUAGUAGGGCUGAAUAUUACUGCUAUAUACUCCGUACUUUACUAAGUACUUCGUUGUUCCUGGUAGAACAGAGGUACAGCGUCACAGUGAUGUCAAACUGCAUACCCGGAAUACUACAAUCCAACCACCUAACCUACAAUCAACACCAAUUCAACCCACUCAUCUCAUACAAAUACCACCAAGCAAACAACCACAAUGAAAUACACCCGCGCCAACCUCCUAACCCCCGCCCGAAACCUCUGCUCCGCCUUCUCCUCGUCCUCCCCCAUCCCAACCAUCCUCACCAACUUCACCCACGACCCCUACCCGCAAGCCCACGAACACGGCCUCCCACACCUAGCCCCCUUCCUCGGCCGCACCUUCACCGGCACCGACGGCGUAUCCCGCUACUUUGAAGUGAUGGGUUCCGAACUCGGCUUCGAAGACAUGUCCUUCGAGCCCGAGGCCGAAUGGCUCGUCGACACAUCCACCAUGGCGGUCGUCAUCCGGGGAACUGCAAAGUUCUUUGCCAAACGCACGGGGCAGAAGUGGGAUGAGGGGUUUGUGUAUCGGUUGGGGAUUGCGGAGGAGAUUAAUGAGGAGGUUGGGGGGAGGGGGGAGUUGAAGGUGCAGGAGUAUGAGAUUUGGGCGGAUACGGGGGCGGCGUAUCUUGCGAUUAAGGGGAGGUUGGGGGAGGUGCUGGGGGAUGAGACUGAGGCUGGGACGAAGGGUACGGGGAGGACGAGGAGGAGUCAGGAUCGGAAGAGGAGUGGGUGUGGGGAGGUUGUUGGGAGUGGGAUGAGUGCGUUUGGGAGUUGUGGGCAGUAGCUGUCCGUGUAUCUGUGUUUGGUGUGGACGAGGACGGACGAGGGUCUGUAUCUAGUGAGCAGUCUAGAUUGAUGGAAUAGAUAACCUCCGACCACAAUGUGGUAUGCGAUAUCCCUUCUCCCAUCGAGAGCCAGAUUCGCGGAACUGAGCUCUGUAGAGUAAAUUCUAGGCAUAUACUGGGCUGAAACCAGGGUUCAUUCCACAGCUGCAUGUCAGAG